GUCAGAGCCGCGCGGAGGGCCGGCCGGGCCGCGGGGGCGAGCGGCGCGGCGGGGGCGGGCAGCGCGGCCCGAGCAUUCCGGGCGGCCGGGGGGAGGUGGCAGGCCUGGGGAGGGGCUGAACGAGAGCGCGGACCGGGAUCUGCUCCGAGGGGCAGGCGGGCUAUCGGGGCCAGGUGGGGGAAAAGCGGGGGGGAUGGGGGCCGCCCUCCGGGGGGGCCGGGGCCGUCGCCGCCGCCGUCGCGGCGGCGACUGAAGCCGGGAAGAGGAGAGGGGGGCGGGGGAGCGGCCGCCGCCGCCCCCCGGAGGCGCCGGAGCCCCGAAUCUCGCUCGGAGCCAGCCAGCCGUCCCGAGCUACGACCAGGCUUCACUGAAAACAGAUCCUGCAAGUUCCAGGUGCCUGCACUGGACACUUGGGAGAACCUGCUGCCUGCUUCCCAGACCACAGCUGUGGAGAACUUGGGGGGAAGCAAAGAAGUUUCUGUAUUCAGCUGCCCAGGCAGAGGAGAAUGGGGUCUCCACAGCCUGAAGAAUGAAGACACGUCAGAAUAAAGACUCAAUGUCAAUGAGGAGUGGACGGAAGAAAGAGGCCCCUGGGCCCCGGGAAGAACUGAGAUCGAGGGGCCGGGCCUCCCCUGGAGGGGUCAGCACGUCCAGCAGUGAUGGCAAAGCCGAGAAGUCUAGGCAGACAGCCAAGAAGGCCCGCGUUGAGGAAGCCUCCACCCCAAAGGUCAGCAAGCAGGGCCGGAGUGAGGAGAUCUCAGAGAGUGAAAGUGAGGAGACCAAUGCACCAAAAAAGACCAAAACUGAGCAGGAGCUCCCCCGGCCACAGUCUCCCUCUGAUCUGGAUAGUUUAGAUGGGCGGAGCCUCAAUGAUGAUGGCAGCAGUGACCCUAGGGAUAUUGACCAAGAUAACCGAAGCACGUCUCCCAGCAUCUACAGCCCUGGAAGUGUGGAGAAUGACUCCGACUCAUCUUCUGGCCUGUCCCAGGGCCCAGCCCGCCCCUACCACCCACCUCCACUCUUUCCUCCCUCCCCUUCACCGCAAGACAGCACCCCCCGACAGCCAGAGCCUGGCUUUGAGCCCCAUCCUUCUGUGACACCCACUGGAUAUCAUGCUCCCAUGGAGCCCCCCACAUCUCGAAUGUUCCAGGCUCCUCCUGGGGCCCCUCCCCCUCAUCCACAGCUCUACCCUGGGGGCACUGGUGGAGUUUUGUCUGGACCCCCAAUGGGUUCCAAGGGGGGAGGGGCUGCCUCUUCAGUGGGGGCUCCUACUGGGGGUAAACAGCACCCCCCACCAACCACCCCCAUUUCAAUAUCAAGCUCUGGGGCUGGUGGUGCUCCCCCAACAAAGCCACCUAACACUCCAGUGGGUGGUGGAAACCUGCCCUCUGCUCCACCACCAGCCACCUUCCCCCAUGUGACACCGAACCUGCCUCCCCCACCUGCCCUGAGACCCCUUAACAAUGCCUCAGCCUCUCCUCCUGGCCUGGGGGCCCAGCCAAUACCUGGGCAUCUGCCGUCUCCCCAUGCCAUGGGGCAGGGUAUGGGUGGACUUCCUCCUGGCCCAGAGAAGGGCCCCACUCUUGCUCCCUCACCCCAUCCUCUGCCACCUGCUUCCUCCUCUUCUGCCCCAGCCCCCCCAAUGAGGUAUCCAUAUUCAUCCUCUGGUAGUAGCUCUGCAGCAGCCUCCUCUUCCAGCUCUUCAUCCUCUUCCUCUGCCUCCCAGUACCCAGCUUCCCAGGCACUGCCCAGUUAUCCCCACUCCUUCCCUCCCCCAACAAGCCUGACUGUCUCCAAUCAGCCACCCAAGUAUACUCAGCCUUCCCUUCCAUCCCAGGCUGUGUGGAGCCAGGGUCCCCCACCACCUCCUCCCUAUGGCCGUCUCUUAGCCAACAGCAAUGCCCACCCAGGUCCCUUCCCUCCUUCAACUGGAGGCCAAUCCACAGGCCACCCACCAGCCCCAACACAUCACCAUCACCACCAGCAGCAGCAGCAGCAGCAGCAACAGCAGCAGCAGCAACAGCAGCAGCAACAGCAGCAGCAGCAGCAGCAGCAGCAGCAGCAGCAGCAGCAACAGCAUCAUGGGAGCUCUGGGCCCCCUCCACCUGGAGCAUAUCCCCACCCCCUGGAGAGCAGCAGCUCCCACCAUGCCCAUCCUUAUGCCAUGUCUCCCUCCCUGGGGUCUCUGAGGCCCUACCCAACAGGGCCAGCACACCUGCCCCCACCUCACGGCCAGGUGUCCUACAGCCAAGCAGGCCCCAACGGCCCCCCCGCCUCUUCCUCCUCUUCCAACUCCUCCUCCUCUUCUUCCUCUCAAGGAUCCUACCCAUGUUCACACCCCUCCCCUUCCCAGGGCCCCCAAGGAGCGCCCUACCCCUUCCCGCCGGUCCCUCCGGUCACCACUUCCUCGGCUACACUUUCCACGGUCAUUGCCACAGUGGCUUCCUCGCCAGCAGGCUACAAAACCGCUUCCCCACCUGGGCCCCCGCCCUAUGGAAAGAGAGCCCCGUCCCCAGGGGCCUACAAGACGGCCACCCCACCGGGAUACAAGCCAGGGUCGCCUCCCUCCUUCCGAACAGGGACCCCACCCGGCUACCGAGGCGCCUCGCCGCCCGCGGGCCCAGGGACCUUCAAGCCAGGCUCGCCUACUGUGGGGCCAGGGCCCCUGCCACCUGCUGGGCCCUCAGGCCUGUCAUCCCUGCCGCCACCGCCUGCAGCCCCUGCCACCGGGCCGCCCCUGAAUGCCACGCAGAUCAAGCAAGAGCCCGCUGAAGAGUAUGAGACCCCCGAGAGCCCAGUGCCCCCGGCCCGUAGCCCCUCGCCCCCUCCCAAGGUGGUAGACGUGCCCAGCCAUGCCAGCCAGUCAGCCAGGUUCAACAAACACUUGGACCGCGGCUUUAACUCGUGCGCGCGCAGCGACCUGUACUUCGUGCCGCUGGAGGGCUCCAAGCUGGCCAAGAAGCGGGCCGACCUGGUGGAGAAGGUGCGGCGCGAGGCCGAGCAGCGCGCGCGCGAAGAGAAGGAGCGCGAGCGCGAGCGGGAACGCGAGAAGGAGCGGGAACGCGAGAAGGAGCGUGAGCUGGAACGCAGCGUGAAGUUGGCUCAGGAGGGCCGGGCGCCAGUGGAGUGCCCAUCUCUUGGCCCUGUGCCCCAUCGCCCUCCGUUUGAGCCGGGCAGCGCUGUAGCUACAGUGCCCCCCUACCUGGGUCCUGACACUCCAGCCCUGCGCACGCUCAGUGAAUACGCCCGACCCCACGUCAUGUCUCCUGGCAAUCGCAACCAUCCCUUCUACGUGCCCCUAGGGGCAGUGGACCCGGGGCUCCUGGGUUACAAUGUCCCGGCCUUGUACAGCAGCGACCCAGCAGCCCGGGAGAGGGAGCGGGAAGCCCGUGAACGAGACCUCCGUGACCGCCUCAAGCCUGGCUUUGAGGUGAAGCCCAGUGAGCUGGAACCCCUACAUGGGGUCCCAGGGCCAGGCCUUGAUCCGUUCCCCCGACAUGGGGGCCUGGCUCUGCAGCCUGGCCCACCCGGCCUGCACCCUUUUCCUUUUCAUCCGAGUCUGGGGCCCCUGGAGAGAGAACGUCUAGCGCUGGCAGCUGGGCCAGCCCUGCGGCCUGACAUGUCCUAUGCGGAGCGUCUGGCAGCUGAGAGGCAGCAUGCAGAAAGAGUGGCAGCCCUGGGCAAUGACCCGCUGGCCCGGCUGCAGAUGCUUAAUGUGACCCCCCAUCACCACCAGCACUCCCACAUCCACUCCCACCUGCAUCUCCACCAGCAGGAUGCCAUCCAUGCAGCCUCUGCCUCAGUGCACCCUCUCAUUGACCCCCUGGCCUCAGGGUCUCACCUUACCCGGAUCCCGUACCCAGCUGGGACCCUCCCCAACCCCCUUCUUCCUCACCCUCUGCACGAGAACGAAGUUCUUCGUCACCAGCUCUUUGCUGCUCCUUACCGGGACCUGCCAGCCUCCCUCUCUGCCCCAAUGUCCGCAGCUCACCAGCUGCAGGCCAUGCACGCGCAGUCGGCUGAGCUGCAGCGCCUGGCCCUGGAGCAGCAGCAGUGGCUGCACGCCCACCACCCGCUGCACAGUGUGCCGCUACCUGCCCAGGAAGACUACUACAGUCACCUGAAGAAGGAAAGCGACAAGCCGCUGUAGGACCUGCCAUCAAGAGAGCACCCAUGGCGCCUGCAUCUGGACCUCCAAGGCCUCCCUCUGGGCCCGCCCCCCAGAGCUGAGGAGGAAGGGGUGCUGCUCCUUAGCAGGGUUUCAGCAGCUGGGCAGAGGGAAGGAGGAAGGGACAGAGGAAGGCCAAGGCUCCUGUGGUAGGCAGAGGUGGGGAGGUGGUGUCGGGGUGGGGGCAGAAAGCGCACAGUAUCUUGGACCAGGUCCCUUUUUCCUGUCCCCCUGCUUUCUUCCUACCCCAUGCCCAGCCCUUGGUGGCCACCGCCCCUCCCCCACCCCGUUGGUGUGAUGAUUUCAUCUGUUAGAUGUGGCUGUUUUGCGUAGCAUCGUGUGCUGCCCCUGCCCGUCCCCAGUCCCUGUGCGCGCGCCCCUUCUGCGAUGUAUGCCCCUUGCCCCUCCCCCACAUUAAUAAUUUAUAUAUAUAAAUAUCUAUAUGACGCUCUUUAAAAAACAUCCCAACCAAAACCAAACAAAAACAUCCUCACGACUCCCCAGGAA